GCGGCGCUUUUUCCCGCGCUUUUGGCGCCGAGCGGGAAGCCUGAGGCCUGAGGUGAAAAGAUGGCGGCCGCGCCAGCCAGCAGGCCUGAACAGGCUUGGAUCCAGGCCGCCCGGACCUUUGUGCGGGAGACCCAGGCCUCAGCUGACGGGCUCUCCAGUGACCAGUUGUCCGAGCUGGUGAUCAACUGUGUGAGGGCCACCUGGAGGCCCCAGGGGACGACGGGAGACCUCACGCUGCCCCUCAGUUACAGCUUCGUGUCGGUGCAGGAGCUCCAGAGCCGUCAGCAGCAACCCUGCUGCAGCCACCUGGCCUGGAGCAGCUCCGAGUAUCGCCAGUGGGCAGAAGAGUCGCCGGCCGAGGGGACUCCCCUGCCCCGCGCCCGCCUCCUGCUCCUCGGGACCCUGACGGACCGGGGCCGGGAGCCCCAGAGGAGGACCGGCGGCUUGUACGUGAAGGACGACAGCGGGGCCCUGCUCUGUGAGCUCCUGCACCUGGAUCUCUCCUGGCUGGGCCGCCUGCUGCUCUUCCCCAGCUGGAGCUUUCUCCCCCGGCCCAGGGGCGACCCCCGAGGGGUUGGGCAUCUGGAGCUCUGGGGGGCCCCGGUGCCCGUGCUGCCCCCCGACCCCGGCCCGACCCCUGACCCCGCGACUCGCGUGCCCGUGCUCUACCCGGAGGGAGCUGCCCGCCUGCUCCGGGCCAGGCAUUCUUGGGUCCGAAGGCAGCGACUGAACUUGGCGGGGGAGCUGGUGCGGCUUAGCGCCCUCCUGGACCCCCACGGGACCCCCUUCUUCUUCCUCACCCUGCGUGGUCCCCACCCCGCCGCCGUCUCCGUCCCGGUGGUGGUCCAGGCCCCGGCCCAGCUGGCGUGGUACCGUGCCCUGCAGCCCGGCCACUCGUACGUGCUGACGGACAUGCGCGUGGGCGGCUUCCGCACCUCCAGGCACCGCGUCUGGGCGGCCGGCCCCCGCUCCCGCCUGCUGCCCCUCCACCCUGAGCAUCUGUGGGAGCGGGACCUGGGGGAGCCUCCGCCGGGGGAGACCCCCGACAGCCCGCCCCGACCCAGCAGCCCCCCGGUUAAGGCCGGGCCCGGCCGCCUCCUCAAGGAGUCGCAGAUGCUGUCGUACACGGGGACGAUCACCCGAGUCCUGGACGCCGCAGCCGGCCUGUACGAGCUGGACCACCAGCUCUGCCUCUGCCUCGCCUACCAGCCCGGAGGCAGACAUGCCCUGAGACCGGGGACCAGCCUGGAGCUCCAAGACAUCCACCUCUUCCAGGCGUCGGCGUCGGGCCCGCUGUCGAAGCCGGUGCUGGCCCCGUGCUUCCGGGGGUGCGUCCGGCUCCGGGGCUUCUCCCGGCUGGGGUCCGGAACCCGGGCCCACCCGGGGAUCCUGCAUCUGAAGCUGCUCCUGGAGCGGGGCCUCGGGCUGCCUCUUUACCUGUGGCUGGCCCAGGCCCUGGAGGAACUGGCCAACAAAUUCUGCCCUCGGCUGCUGCGACUCCACCAGCUCCACUGGGCCGGUUCCGGGACCCCCGGGUUAGGGGAGAGGCUCCUGGGUCCCAUCCUGGACCCUCUAGCCCCUCUUGGGGGCCCCGCCCGGGACCUCCAUCAAGAAAUUCUGGACGAGCCUCAUCAUUGUCCCCUUCAGGAGUAUUCUCCCCUGCAGCCUCCCUGCUCCUUUCCGAGCCUGGCAAGCCUCCGUGAGGAGGGCGAACGUCGGGCCUGGGCGUCCUUUGACCCCACAACCCUCCUGCCCCCGAGCGAGGCCACCCACCUAGCCAGUUGCCAACUCAACUGCUCCCUGGCCUGGUCUUGGUUCCGCCUCCUGCCUGCCGACUUCCAUCCGCCCCCGGUGCUGCUGGGAAUACUGCAUCCUUCAUCCCGGGUGGGUCAGCUGCGACUGUGGGACCAGAGCGGCCUGCUACCCUGCCUGGCCCUGCACGGCCCUUCCCAGCCCCUCACGGACCCCCGCCUUGCAGGCUCCCUGGUUCAGGUGAAGCGGUUCCAGCUGGUGGUGGAGAGAGAGAUCCAGAGCAACUUCCCUUCGUGGAAGGAGCUCGGGACCCCGAGGUUUAUCCGGAAGCAACGCUGCAGAGUCUACGUCCAGUUCUACCUGGACGACGCGCUGAUCGUGCCGCUGCCCGGCCCCUCCCCCGGCUCCGCGGGGCCCACGGGGACCCCCCAGGCCAAGUGCCAGUGUCCGGAGGGGCCCGGCCCCCGGCUGAGCCGCCUGUUUCUCCUCACCUCCAAGGAGGCCCUGAUGGAGCGGAACUACCAGCCGCAGCCCGGGGACGGCCCCGCCCGCUCCCACCCCGCUUUCAGCUUCCACGCGACUGGGCGUUGGCUGGAAGGGGGAUGGCAUGGGGAGGGGGACACCCGGGGCCCCCCGGAGCCCUCAGAGGGUGAAGACCAGAGCCAGAAGGUUCUCCUCCUCUUCCUCGGGCGCUCGGUGCGCUGGUUUGAAUUCCUGCACCCGGGGCAGGUGUACCGACUGGUGGAACCCAGCCCCUCGGCUCCAGGGUUACCUGAGGGCAGUAGCACUUCCCUCUUGCCCCGCCGGGCUUUGGAACUGGCCGGUUGCACCUCCUGCCUCACCGUCCCGGACAACUGGACCCUGGAGCCCGGGGAUCCCCAGGAUGGCCCCGGGGCGUUGGUUGAGAGGGAAGAGGAACCCACGGAGUCAUCCCUGAUGGAGAUUUUCAGUGACAGUCCCUCAGACUCCCUGGUCUCCUUCUCGGCAGAGAUUCGAUCCCGUACGCGGUGUGAGCCCCCUCCGCACCCCCUCAAGCGUGGUCACGGAGGCCUCCGGACCCGGGUGGGCAGCGUGAAGCUAACGGUGUGGCCGGGCCCUGGUGGUCCCGGCUUCCCCACCCCACUGGACGUCUACUUGGAGAUGCCGCACCCAGUCCUGCCCCUGGGAUUGCUUCCGGGGGCCCGAGUGCUCUUCCUCCGGCUCCAGAGGAAGGUGUCCAGAUCGCACAACGUUUAUUGCCGCUUCCUGCCAUCCAGCUCCCUGAGGGUCCUCAGCUUCCCCGCCGAGACUGGCCCCAGCCCCCCACCGCUCCCGCCCCCAUUGGUCUUCCUGUCAGAGUUGUCGGGGUCCCACCCGGGGGUGCCCCGGGCGAGGACCUCCUGCCACGUGGUGUCCGUCUUCAGCCUCCAACUCCGCUGGGUGUGCAGUCACUGCCUCAGCCUCUGCCCCCAGGGCCAGUGCAGCCGGAUGGGCAACCCCUGCCCCACGCAAGCCGCCGUGUGCCAGGCCUUCGCCAGGCUCCUGGUGGAGGACGGAACGGCAGAGGCCUUGGUGACCUGCAAGGACCACCAAGUGGCGGAGGCGCUGGGGCUGGACCCCCCGGAGUGGCAGGCCUUGCAGGAGAUGGUCAAGGGGCCCGGAAAGGUGGCCGUGCAGCCCGCCGGGCCCGGGGCCCGGCCCGAGCACAUUGGCGAGGGUCCAGACGGCCUGAACCUGUACCUGCAGUCCCUGUGUACCAGCCCAGUGGUCCUGCGCCCCGUCCAGCUGACCUUCCAGCUCGCCAGGAGACCCCAUGGCGGGGCCCAGCCUGACAGCCCCCGGCUACAGCGCUUCCAGUGCAGGGAGCUGCCCGUCCACACUUGGGUGGGACCCCGCCUCCACCUCACCUGUGUCUCACUGCGGGAGCCUGAAGCCCCCACCCUCACCCAGCCCUGAGAGCAUCCUGGAGGCCCAGCGGCUACCCCCACUCCCCGUUGAGGUUUCUUCCGGUCGAGCCCGCUGGGGUUCCCCGGUCCUGCUCUCAGGCCACCGGGGCUUUGACCUCCCCCUCGCUGAGGUGCCGGCCGGAGCCGUGGGACGCCCGGGUUCUCUGCCCCCCGUCCCCGGGGGUCCAAGUACCUGAACGGGGAGCCGUGAUUCCGGCACCCCUUCGUACUCUUGUUUCCUUCCUCCCUCUCUGGUUCCCAGGCUGGCGCAGGGGUGCCGGGAAGGGAUUGGAUUUGGGUUCCUUUCUCUGGUGGGGGCGUGGGAUUGUCGCCUUCUCUUGAAGUAUGGCAGCAGCCAGCCAGGUGCCAAGGCCUGCCCCCCGUGGGGGUGCUACGACUCUCAAAGGGUUUUUAUCUGGAAUAAAGCUGCCUCCGGCCUCUGUGUGAAGCCCAAGGGGUAUCUCUCUCA